AUGGGUGACCUCGAGGUGGGGUACCGCGAGCACGUCGCGGGCGCGGCGUCGGCGCUGUACGAAUGGCUCUCGUCCACGACGUCGGAGAUCGAGGACGAAGAGGACGUGCGGAAUAGGGUGUAUAAAUACUACGUGCCGGUGUACGAGGAGGUGGUGGCGCGUUUGCGGUCGCACUGCGCGAGAGGACGGAAACCGAUGGUGGUGGGCGUGAGCGCGCCGCAAGGAUGCGGGAAGACGACGCUGACGAGGAUGAUCGUGGACAUGGUGCGAUCGACGCCGAGGAGAUUUAUCGACGGCGUGAGUGAUGGGAACGUGACGGCGGCGACGGUGUCGAUGGAUGACUUUUAUCUCACCGCGGAGGCGCAGACGGCGCUCGCCGAGUCAAACCCGACGAACGCGAUGCUGCAAUACAGAGGGAACGCGGGGACGCAUGAGUUGGAACUCGGAACGAAAACACUCGAUGCAUUGGCGCAGAUCAACGACGCGCAGUCCUCGAUAUCGCUUCCGAGAUACGACAAGCUCGCGCGCACGGGUCGAGGCGAUCGGAAACCCGAGAGCGAGUGGGACCAAGUCUCGGCGCCAAUCGACGUCGUUCUUCUCGAGGGAUGGAUGCUUGGGUUCGAGCCGAUCGAAGACGAAAAGGCGCGUGCUAUUAAUCCCGACUUGGUCGCCGUGAACGAGCAUCUCAAGAGCUACAAAGCCGCUCUCUGGGGAACCGAGCGCGUGGCUUGGUGGAUCAUCUUCAAGGUCCAGGACCCCAAGUGGGUUUACGAUUGGAGGCUCGAGGCUGAGCGGAAGGCGGGAGGUGGUUUGAGUGACGAGCAGGUGAAAGAUUUCGUCGACAGAUUCAUUCCCGCGUACGACGCGUACUUGCCGGCGUUAUACGAGAACCCACCCCCGGGGUCGCUCGUCGUCGUCGUGGAUAAGUAUCGCGAGGUGCAGAUGGUCUCCGUUGUUUCCAACGAACACGACACUUAG